ACGUCGACAAGAUGUAUGGCGCACGCCAAAGUGAGGCUGAGGCCGAAGGUGACGCGUCCGAGGACGAGGGCGGCGACAUCGAGGCCGAGAUCAAGAAAGAGAUUGAGGGCAUCAAGAAGCCGACCAAAGAGCGCUUGUUCCAGCAUGUGCGUGUGGAUACCGAUUGCAUCAUGUUCUUCAAGACCAAAGCGCCAAUUGAUCCCGUCGAGCUGGUUCGGCGCAUCUGCGAGGACGCGAUGGCUAGCACGCAGCUCAAGACCAGCCGGUUCAUUAAGCGACUGACGCCCAUGACGCUGAUGGGCAAAGCCACCGAAAAGAGCCUAGAAGAGGUGGCUGCUCAGGUGCUUGCGCCACAUUUUCACGGCGAAGCCAACAUGGGGAAGAAGUUUGCUAUCCGGCCCAACAUUCGCAACCAUAAGAUGAUGACGAGAGACCAAGUCAUCAAGUCGAUUGCGGCGGCCGUGGGACCGGGGCAUAGCGUCGACUUGAAGGAUUACGAUUUGCUGAUCCUUGUUGAUAUUUACAAGAAUGUGUGCGGCAUGAGCGUGGUGGGCGAAGAUUUUGAACGGCUCAAGAGAUAUAAUCUAUCGGAAAUAUACGAGCCUACGCCGAGGGAGCAGGCGAAGGAGCAAGCGAAGGAGCAAGCAGACUCGGCGCAGCAAGAAGAGCGGUCAAAUGAAGAGCAAGCGGCGGGAGAGCAGCCGGCGCAAGAGCGGAAUAGAGAAGUCGCGGGUUGAUGGAUUGUUUUUGGCAGCUCGGCCGGGAUCGGAGUGCAUCAAGCAAGCGCCCAUAGUUUAUGAGCAUACAGCGAAGCGAGGCGAAGUACAAAGGCCUACACGUACAUCGCUUAAGGCAGGGCUGGGAUUGGCUGGGGCCGGGGAAGACGGACAAAAUAAAGGUUUUAUCCGAACGGAAGGAUGGUGUGGUGGAGCCCCACAUGAGCCACACAGAUCUGGCUGGCUUCGCUUUCUGGAACACGGAUGCAUGCGAGCGAUCUGGCGAGAGGAGCAAGGGGAUGUGACAUUGCAAUGGCACGUCGGGCGGCUCAGGCAGUGGUAGAGGCUAAAUGGGCGACGGAGCGACGACGGAGAACGAGGGAGAUGCGAGAGCGAGCGAGGGAGG